AGCGGCUCGCUCUGCGUCCCGGCGCUCGGCUUUCCCUCGGCGGAUCCCGCCCUCCGUCGCGGCGGCGCGGUGCACCUUGGGAUAGGGAGCGAUCUCCGAGCGAGGCAGCAAGAUGGACGCGGGAUUCUUCCGCGGAACAAGUGCAGAACAGGAUAAUCGGUUCAGCAACAAGCAGAAGAAGCUACUGAAGCAGCUGAAAUUUGCAGAAUGCCUAGAAAAAAAGGUGGACAUGAGCAAAGUAAAUUUGGAGGUUAUAAAGCCUUGGAUAACAAAACGAGUAACAGAAAUCCUUGGGUUUGAAGAUGAUGUUGUGAUUGAGUUUAUAUUCAACCAGCUGGAAGUGAAGAAUCCAGAUUCCAAAAUGAUGCAAAUCAACCUGACUGGGUUUUUGAAUGGAAAAAAUGCUAGAGAAUUUAUGGGAGAGCUGUGGCCCCUGCUGUUAAGUGCACAGGAAAACAUCGCUGGAAUCCCUUCUGCUUUCCUAGAACUGAAGAAAGAAGAAAUAAAACAGAGACAAAUUGAGCAAGAAAAAUUGGCAUCUAUGAAAAAGCAAGAUGAAGACAAAGAUAAGAGAGAUAAGGAAGAAAAGGAAAGCAGCAGAGAAAAAAGGGAGAGGUCUCGAAGCCCGAGAAGACGCAAAUCCAGAUCUCCUUCCCCUAGAAGACGGUCUUCUCCUGUCAGGAGAGAGAGAAAGCGCAGUCAUUCUCGAUCUCCCCGUCACAGAACCAAGAGCCGGAGUCCUUCCCCUGCUCCAGAAAAGAAGGAGAAAACUCCAGAGCUCCCAGAACCUUCAGUGAAAGUAAAAGAACCUUCAGUACAAGAGGCCACUUCUACUAGUGACAUUCUGAAAGUUCCCAAGCCUGAACCUGUACCAGAGCCUAAAGAACCUUCACCAGAAAAAAAUUCUAAAAAGGAAAAGGAGAAGACUCGACCAAGAUCUCGGUCUCGUUCCAAGUCAAGGUCCCGGACGCGUUCUCGCUCUCCUUCUCAUACUCGACCUAGACGGCGUCAUAGAUCCCGAUCAAGAUCAUACUCACCUAGAAGGCGACCCAGCCCAAGAAGGCGACCGUCUCCUCGGAGGAGAACUCCACCAAGGCGAAUGCCUCCUCCACCAAGACAUAGAAGGAGUAGAUCUCCAGUUAGACGAAGAAGGCGCUCAUCAGCAUCCUUGUCUGGGAGUAGCUCAUCGUCCUCUUCGUCUCGUUCCCGGUCACCACCAAAGAAGCCACCCAAGAGGACAUCCAGCCCCCCUCGAAAAACUCGUAGGUUAUCUCCUUCAGCAAGUCCUCCAAGGCGACGGCACCGACCAUCACCUCCAGCAACUCCACCGCCAAAAACUCGUCAUUCCCCAACACCCCAGCAGUCAAACCGUACAAGAAAAAGUCGUGUUUCUGUCUCUCCAGGGAGAACUUCAGGUAAAGUGACAAAACAUAAAGUUGCUGAGAAAAGAGAGUCCCCUUCACCAGCACCCAAGCCUAGAAAAGUAGAGUUAUCUGAAUCGGAAGAAGAUAAAGGUGGCAAAAUGGCAGCAGCAGAUUCUGUGCAGCAGAGACGCCAGUAUAGACGACAAAACCAGCAGUCUUCAUCUGAUUCUGGGUCUUCAUCCUCUUCAGAAGAUGAGCGGCCCAAGAGGUCCCAUGUGAAGAAUGGUGAGGUAGGCAGGCGGCGGAGACAUUCGCCUUCCCGGAGUGCCUCUCCAUCACCACGAAAGCGUCAGAAAGAGACUUCCCCUCGGAUGCAGAUGGGAAAGCGAUGGCAAUCGCCAAUGACUAAAAGUGGUAGACGGAGGAGAAGUCCCUCCCCACCACCCACCAGAAGGCGACGUUCUCCUUCCCCUGCUCCUCCUCCACGACGACGUAGGUCUCCCACACCACCACCACGGCGAAGGACUCCUUCUCCUCCUCCUCGUCGGCGCUCACCAUCCCCAAGAAGAUACUCUCCUCCAAUACAGAGGAGAUACUCCCCUUCUCCACCUCCAAAGAGAAGAACGGCUUCUCCCCCUCCCCCUCCUAAACGAAGGGCAUCACCAUCUCCACCGCCAAAGCGUAGGGUUUCCCAUUCUCCACCUCCCAAACAAAGAAGCUCCCCAGUCACCAAGAGACGGUCACCUUCAUUAUCAUCAAAACAUAGGAAAGGGUCUUCCCCAAGCCGAUCUACCCGGGAGGCCCGAUCACCACAACCAAACAAACGGCAUUCGCCCUCGCCACGGCCUCGAGCUCCUCAGACCACCUCAAGUCCUCCCCCUGUUCGAAGAGGAGCGUCGUCAUCACCCCAAAGAAGGCAGUCCCCUUCUCCAAGUACUAGACCCAUUAGGAGAGUCUCCAGGACUCCAGAACCUAAAAAGACAAAAAAGGCUGCCUCACCAAGCCCUCAGUCUGUAAGGAGGGUCUCAUCCUCUCGAUCUGUCUCAGGAUCUCCUGAGCCAGCAGCUAAAAAACCCCAAGCACCCCCAUCCCCUGUCCAGUCUCAGUCACCCUCUACAAACUGGUCACCAGCGGUACCGGUCAAAAAGGCUAAAAGCCCGACACCAAGCCCAUCACCGGCAAGGAAUUCGGACCAAGAAGGAGGUGGGAAAAAAAAGAAGAAAAAGAAGGAUAAGAAACACAAAAAGGAUAAGAAGCACAAGAAGCACAAAAAACACAAGAAGGAGAAAGCUGUGGCUGCAGCUGCUGCAGCUGCUGUAACUCCUGCAACCAUUGCCGCUCCCACAACCACAUCAGCACAGGAAGAACCAGAGGCAGAGCCAGAACCUAAGAAGGAGACCGAAAGUGAAGCUGAAGAUAACCUUGAUGACCUGGAAAAGCACCUGCGUGAAAAGGCCCUGAGAUCAAUGCGGAAGGCUCAAGUGUCCCCACAGUCUUAGAUGGAAAUGUUUGUUAUGAUGUAAAUUUUAUUUGGUUUGUACGCAAUUCAAUUUCAAAAUUGCUAAAACGUGUUUGAGCUUUAGACUAUAACAUUUGUUGUAAUAAUUGCUAGGUUGAAGUUCACCAUGUAAAAAAGGGGGCAUGGAUUUACAUUGCAAAAGGUGUCCACAGUGUAGUAGUGACAUUCUUUCAUUGACAGCUGAUGUAAUUCAUUUAGAGUGAAAAAUUUUAAGCCAAAAAAAAAAAAAAAAUCCCUUUUUAAAAAAAGGGGGUUUAAAUUUGGUUGGCAUUUUCAUGGUUCCUCUAAUAAAUGCCCCUGGCUAUUCCCAGCGGCUUUUUUGUUUGUUUGUUUUCCCCCUUUACUUUUCUCAUUUGAGUAUUAGCGCCCAUUUUAAGUUAUGAUACUUCCAACCUUACAUGGUUUGUAAGCUUGCCCAGAGAUAAGACCACUGUUGACGUACCACAAAAGUAUAAGUGAACAUUGUAAUGCCGCAAUCUUCCCUGUUGCCUGUGGAGUCUCUGCUGAAGUGAAUCAGGAUUUGAGCUCUAGAAAGAGACAAAAUGAAAGCGUGUUGUUCGCCAGGACACUGUGGGUUUAUAUCGAUGUGUAACAGUUGAUUUGGAACACUGGAAUUUGAUUCUAUUCUUUUUUUUUUUUUUCCUUUUCUUUUGUAAAGGCAGUUAACUAGUCCCAAGAAGGAUCCUUCAAGUUAUAUAAAAUUUUGUUUUUGAAAUGUCAUGGCUCAUUCAUAAUUUUGUCUUGUUCUUCCAAUUGGUAUAUACAAUUUUCAGAGCUCUUGUAUUUGGAAGGCUGAAAGGGCCCAGACUUUGAAAUAGUGUCUUGUUUUCACUGUUUCUGUUUUUUUUUUGUUUUCGUUUUUCAGGUUUUUUUUUUUUUUUUUUUUUUUAAACUAAAGCUAUAUAAGCUUGUGGAUUAAACAGAAUAAAUUUCUAAAUUUAAAAUCGUUUGCCACUCUCUUUCCUUACAUGUCUCAGUUAUCAGAGAAACCUAAUUUUUUUUAGAAAUCUUACAGUAUCUAGGUUUUUACUCCUUGGCACCUUUUGGGGAAGCUAGAUACAGAAAAUAAAAGGUGGUGAAAUUAAAGUUGGACCAUUGUUAUUCUAACAACGACCAGUACUCUUAAGGGAAAGUGCAGGAUGCAGUAGAACUUAGAGCCAGGACAGGGCAAGAUAACCAGGGAAAGAGUGAGAGGAGAGUAUUUCAGGCAGAGCAAAUAGAUCCUGAGGCAGAAGGAACUUGGCGCAUUCGAGGAAGUAGAUGAAGGCUAAGGAAUGAGUAGAGCGCCCUUCCUUUAUCGGCUGUGUUGCUAUAGGUGUUUGGCUACCCAUAAUCCAGUAAUUUUUGCAGAGCAAGAAAUUUUGAAGAAACUGAGUUGAUAGCAUAGUAAAAGGUAAAACAACAUUAAUAUGAAAGAAAAGAUUUUUGUCACCAGGAAUCUAAGCCAAGCAGGUUGAUACGUGGCAGUUAAUUUGAUUAUAAUUUCUGAUAGUUGAAGCAAAAAGAGAUGCCUUAUAGUCUAAUUUCAUGAAAACUUAGCAGGGUUUCUUUUUUUUUAUUGCCUUAGGGACGUGGACAAUGAGCUUUUUUUAAAAAAUAUAUCCAUGAGGAGAUACCAAGUAGGCAAUUGUGUUUACAGGUCUUCAGAGGAAAGAUUUUACUUAUUUUUUAUUAUGCUUUAAGUGAACGUUUACAGCUCAAGUUAGUUUCUUAUACAAAAAUUUGUACAUACAUUGUUAAUGUGACCCUAGCUGCUCUCCCUAUAAUGUGACAGCACACUCCCCCUUUGCACCCCGGGUUUCUCAUGUCCAUUCAACCAGCUCCUGUCCCUUUCUGCUCCCAUCUCGCCUCUAGACAGGAGCUGCUCAUUUAGUCUUAUGUAUCUACUUGAGCUAAGAAGCACACGCUUCCUGAGUAUAAUUUUAUGUCUUACAGCCCAGUCUAAUCUUUGUCUGAACUGAAGAGUUGCCCUCAGGAAUGAUUUUAGUUUUGGGCUAACAGUCCAGGGGCCCUGUCUUCCAGGGUUCUUCCAGUCUCAGUCAGACCAUUAAGUCUGGUCUUUUUAUUAGAAUUUGCAUUCUGCACCCCACAUUUCUCCUGCUCCAUCAAGGACUCUGAGAGUCUGUUUUUAAAGUGAUUUGCAUCAAGGCUAAAGCUUGGUAGGAUGCCUUCCAUAGAGACAGAACUAAGGUCUGUAGUGACUACCCAUGCUUGAUAAUAAAUGGUAGCAACUCAGAGUUUUCAGGGAUCUUCACAUGGCUUCCUUUUGAUUUUUUUAAUUCUGUGAUAUAGUAAAAGCACAGAUUAUCCUGUUUCUAAGAUGGUUAUUACUGACAUCCUUUCAAAUACGAACAAACCAGUGAACAUUGUUAUGGUACUUGUGUCUAUUUAGCCAUUCAUUCAUUCAGUCUAGUUAUUGUCUUAUUUAUUCGUUCAAUCAAUACAUUUUUAUUCCUGUCCUUGACUAAACUGCUCUUGUUAAGGUUACCAGAAAAAUCCACUUUGCCAAAGUGAAUGAUCAAUUCUCAAUCAUUAUUUUUACUUGCCCUCUUAGCAGGAUUUGGCCCACUUGUUCGCUUUGCCUUUCUUGAAACACUUAGUUUCUAGGAGGCAGCGCUGGUUUUCUUCCUACCUCGCUGGCUGUUCAUUUUUUCUCUAAUGAAUCCUUUCAGACAUGAAGUGAUGGAUUUUUUCUGUCUUUGUAUUUGGUGGCCUUCUCUAUACUUAAUCCUUAGUCCCUUUGAUUUUUAAUGCUAUCUUUAUGCAGAUAAAUCUAUAUGUCUAGCCCAGACUCCCCCCUGAGCUAGACACGAACCCAGCUACCUAUUUGGUAACUUAGAUUUGCAUGGCUAAGAGGCAUCCCAAAUUGAACGUAUCCAAGAUAGACUUUUUUAUACCAUCCCUGUACCCAUCGUACCCUGAUCUCCCAGUCGUCUUCAUUUCAGUCAGUACCUGUUACCAUCAUUUUACUCAGACCAAACUUGGAGUCAUAUCAUUGUCGUUGGGUGCCAUUGAGUUGAUUCCAACUUAGCGACCCCAUGUGACGGUAAAACUGGCCAAGUUAUAGCUAAGGUUUUAUCUGAAAUAUAGGGCCAUUAGUAGUACCUCAAUGAGCCCUGGUGGCACAGUGGUUAAGCACUUGGCUGCUAACCAAAAGGUUGGCAGUUUGAACCCACCAGCUGCUCCACAGGAGAAAGAUGUGGCAGUCUGGUUCUGUAAAGAUUUACAGCCUUGGAAACCCUGUGGGGCAGUUUCUACUCUGUCCUUUCUUGGCUGAAAUUUUAUGGAAGCAAAUUGCCAGGUCUUGCCCCUGAAGAGCUGCUAGGUGGGUUUGAACCACCAGCCUUUCUGUAAGUAGCUGAGUGCUUAACCGUUCUGCCACCAGGGCUUUUUAUAUAAUGCAUUUGUAAAGUGCUUUGUAGUAUGCAUACCCAUCGUGAAUGUUAGGGAUGGGGGAUUGUGGCCAAGCAAAAAUUUGUUCACAUUAUAUACAGAGAAUGCAGAAGGAGACUUGGGGAAAUCUGACUUAACUGGUAGCUGCAGGAAUAGUCGAUACUGCACCCCUUUAAAUUCCUGCCAUCUGAUAAAGAACCCAACAUUUUUCUCAGUCUACCUGUGUACUUUCUACUAUUGUAACAGUCACAUAAAACGGUGAAUGUUGACCAAAAAAGCCAAACCUGUUGCAAAUGAGUCUGACUCAUAGUGACCCUAUAGGACAGAGUAGAACUGCUCCAUACCGUUUCCAAGGAGCACCUGGUGGAUUCGAACUGCCAACCAUUUGGUUAGCAGCCAAACUCUUAACCUCUAUGCCACCAGGGUUUCCAGUGAGUGUAGAAGCACUACCUAAAUGUGUUAUCAGAAGAGCACUGGGACUUAGGAUAUAUCUUAUUACCCCCAAGAAAUCCAAGUUUACAAGUUAAAAUUUACAUGGCAUAAUAUUUUGAGGGUCCAACACUGCUCAGUCCUGAAAGACUAGCUCCAUCGUGUAGAGAGCAAGAGUUUGUCCUUUUUGCUUAUUGCCUUUGGACUGACUCUUAAAAAGAACCAAACCGUUGCCGUCAAGUCGAAACCAAAUCAUAGCAACCCUAUAGGACAGAGCAGAACUGUCCCAUAGGGUUUCCAAGGAGUGUACGGUGGAUUCGAACUGGCAACCUUUUGAUUAGAAGCUGUAGCUUGCCAGCACUGUCACUCUUAGGCCCAAUUAUUGCUGUGCUUCUAAUUGGUCUUCCACGGGAACCUGUUAUUUUAAAAAAAGAUGGAUUGAGAAGGACCCCAGUGGUCAUGGCCCCCAGAUCUUCUGUUGGCCCAGGACAGGAACCAUUCCCAAAGCCAACUCUUCAGACAGGGAUUGGACUGGACAAUGGGUUGGAGAGGGAUGCUGGUGAGGAGUGAGCUUCUUGGAUCAGGAGGACACUUGAGACUGUUGGCAUCUCCUGCCUAGAGGGGAGAUGAGAGGGUAGAGGGGGUUAGAAACUGGCGAUGUGGACAUGAAAAGAGAGGGAAGGGGGAGAGCGGGCUGUCUGAUUAGGGGGAGAGCAACUGGGAGUAUGUAGCAAGGUGUAUAUAAGUUUUUGUGCCAGAGACUGACUCGAUUUGUAAACCUCUUAAAGCACAAUAAAAAAAAAAAAAAAAAAAAA